UCACGCCGAGGCCGCCGCGGGGCCUGGUUAUCGCCGGUUCAACGCAGCCCCGAGUCGCCCAGGCCUGAACUCCUACCCAGGUCCCGGCCGCCGGUCCCAGGCCCGCGAGGACGCCGGAGGCCACCCCCGGGGGUGGGGAGCGGAGCGGCGGGUCAGCUCUGCGAGUGUCCCGCGCUGGCCUGGCCGGCCCCGCCCCCGCCCCGGGCCAUGGCCCAGCCCUUGUCCCGACCCCUCGUCCUAUCCCAACCCCAGCCUUGGCCUUCGGCCACGCCCUCGCCCCGCUUCCCAAAUUUGUCCCAGCCCCCGCCAGGGUCGCGGCGAAAGCCUAGGUCCAGGUCCCCGCUGCCGUCCCAGUCCCAGUCCCUGCCCCUAGCCUGGCCCCUGGCUCCGCCUCGGCCCCAUGUCCACCCCCUAUCACAAAUCCCAGCCCAGACUCUGACCUCACCCCAUGCCCAGCGUUUGCUUAAGCCCCUGGCCCAGCCCCAGCCCUUGCUCCGGUCUCCAUCACACCCACUCCUUCCAUCACACCCCUUGCCCUUGUUCGAGUCCCAGUGCUCAGCCCAGCGCAACCCAUUAUCUCAGCCUUUGCUCCCAUCUCUGCGUUUCUCCAAGUCUCUCCCCCUCGCCCCGCGCCUCUCUCAUACUCUGCCCCUCUCCCAGCCUCGACUCAGGGCUGGGCUCCAGCUGUCGCCAGCCCUAUUGCUGCUGUUGCUGUUCUCUGUCCUUGGUCCAGGGGCUGGUGGCCUGUUCCUUACUGAUUACUCCACCUGCUCACCACGAAAACUGAGUCCUUUCCGCUCCUUUGCCAGCACUGAGCUCUUCCACUUCCAUGUUCCCGAGGACACGUUCCUGGCUGUUUGGAACCUCAUCAUCUUCAAGGAGCAGGGAGGAACCUUUGGGGACCACUGCCCAGAUCAAAGUGUGACUGUGUAUUUCCGGUCUGGAGCACCCCCUGUCAUCAAUCCCCUGCACACACACUUCCCAGCAGAUACAGCUGUGCCUGGAGUUUUCUCAUUGACUCUUAGCUGGACAUUGCCCAACCGUACCUCAGGCAUCUUUAAUGUCAGCAGCCCUUUGCCUGGCGACUGGUUUUUGGCUGCCCAUCUUCCCCAAGCCCACGGUCACAUCUCUGUCAAGGGUCUCCAGGAUGAGUGCCAGUAUCUCCUUCAGCCCCAGCUGAUUGUCCGACGUUUGCUGGAUGUGGCUGUGUUGGUUCCUGGCCGUCCCUCAGAGCAAACCCUCUCUCCCCACAACCGCUCAGCCCUGUACAAGGUCUUUGUGCCCAGCUUCACUUACAGGGUUUCGGCGCAUCUGGUGUGUGUAGGGGGCCGAGGGGUAUCUGCUUGUCCCCUGACACUGCGCCUACGUCCCAAGGCCCCUCCUCUACACAACUCAAGCUCUGUGGCCUGUGGAGGAGCCUCAGUAUGCCAGCUGGAGCUGGCCCUGCCCCCCUGGGGACACUGGGUCUAUGUGCGUGUGGAGAUACCAUCCCGUGGCUCUGGCAGGACCAUUCACUUCCAGCUGUGUGUGCGAUUGCAAGAGUGUCCACAACCCAGCCUGUCCCGUGCCUUGGUCCCUGGGGCUGCCAUGAACAUGCCCCAGUCACUGGGUAACCAGCCACUGCCCCCGGAGCCACCAUCCCUGGGGACCUCUGUAGAAGGAUCUGGGGCCACAUCACCACCUGAGCACUGCUGGCCAGUGCGCCCGACUCUGCGCAACGAGCUGGAUACCUUCUCUGUCCACUUCUACAUCUUCUUUGGUCCCAGUGUGGCCCUUCCACCUGAACGCCCAGCUGUGUUUGCCUUGAGGCUGUUGCCAGUGCUGGACAGUGGAGGUGUCCUCAGCCUGGAGCUCCAACUCAAUGUGAGCUCCCUGCGCCAAGAAAACGUGACAGUAUUUGGAUGCCUGACUCACGAGGUGCCCUUAAGCCUAGGGGAUGCAGCCCUGACCUGUUCCAAAGAGUCCCUGGCCGGCUUCCUCUUCUUAGUCAGUGCCACCUCCAGAGUGGCCAGGCUGCGAAUCCCAUUCCCGCAGACCGGAACCUGGUUCCUGACCCUCCGCUCUCUGUGCGGGGUGGGGCCUCGGUUCCUGCGGUGCCGCAACGCAACGGCUGAAGUGCGGCUACGCACCUUCCUGUCCCCUUGCGUGGAUGACUGUGGGCCCUAUGGCCAGUGCAAGCUGCUGCGCACUCACAACUACCUGUACGCGGCCUGCGAGUGCAAGGCUGGGUGGCGGGGCUGGGGUUGCACCGACAGUGCAGACGCGCUCACCUACGGAUUCCAGCUCCUGUCCACACUCCUCCUUUGCCUGAGCAACCUCAUGUUUUUGCCACCCGUGGUCCUGGCCAUUCGGAGCCGGUAUGUGCUGGAAGCUGCUGUCUACACCUUCACCAUGUUCUUCUCCACGUUCUAUCAUGCCUGUGACCAGCCAGGCAUUGUGGUUUUCUGCAUCAUGGACUAUGAUGUGCUGCAGUUCUGUGAUUUCCUGGGCUCCUUAAUGUCCGUGUGGGUCACUGUCAUUGCCAUGGCUCGUUUACAGCCUGUGGUCAAGCAGGUGCUGUAUUUGCUGGGGGCUAUGCUGCUGUCCAUGGCUCUGCAACUUGACCGGCAUGGACUCUGGAACCUACUUGGACCCAGUCUCUUCGCUUUGGGAAUCUUGGCCACAGCCUGGACAGUACGCAGCGUCCGCCGUAGGCACUGUUACCCACCCACGUGGCGCCGCUGGCUCUUCUACCUGUGCCCGGGCAGCCUUAUUGCAGGAAGUGCCGUCCUACUCUAUGCUUUUGUGGAGACCCGGGACAACUACUUCUACAUUCAUAGCAUUUGGCAUAUGCUCAUCGCUGGCAGUGUGGGCUUCUUGUUGCCUCCUCGUGCCAAGACUGACCACCGGGUCCCAUCUGGAGCCCGGGCCCGGGGCUGUGGUUACCAGUUGUGCAUCAAUGAGCAGGAGGAGCUGGGCCUUGUGGGCCCUGGAGGGGCCACUGUCAGCAGUAUCUGUGCCAGCUGAGAGGGGCUUUGGGCCAGGCCCCUGGGGGAUAGGAACCCUUCCUAGGGUUCCUCUAGGGGUAUGGAGCCCUCCUAGGAACAAGAGACAAGUUGUUUUCUUCAACAUGUGGAGUCUUUCUCAAGGAUGAACUCUUUCAGGGACUAGGAGGCCUUCCCAGUAUGUGGAGAAUUUCUUGAGGGCUUGGAGUCCUCCUGUGUUCAUGGAGUCCUUAAGGAUGAGCUAUGCAGACCACAGAGCCCCCACAGGACCAAGGAGUCCUCAGGGGGAUCACCCUCCUACAGACACGAGUUACUUCCCAGGGAGACAAAAUUUCAUCAGGAUAUGUCAUCAGUCUAGAGGAAAAGGAGUCCAUCUUGGAGAAACUGAGUCACCGUUUUUUCCCAGAGGCUUAGAACUCUGGCCUCAGCCUUCCUUCUCAGAGCAUCUGAGCUGUGCUGUGCUGGGCAGGGGGUUGCAAGACAGAUGGAGCUGGGACAGGGUGGGCAGCUGGUAUCCUGAUUUGAUACAGGUGGAAUCUGAAUGAAGUGUGUGCUGGUUCUGUGCUGCCUUUUUUCCCCACGGGGUCAGAGUGAGGAACUAGAGGGAAAGAGAGACCCUGAGGAAAGAACAGGAGAGGUGGGCCUAGCCUGAAGAAGAUGCUGGGAACUGCUGUCUGAGGCUUCUGCCCCCUGUGUACACUCCUGCAUCCCUCUCAUCUGGUCCUUGGGUUUAAUCCCAAAUAUUUCCUGGUGCCUAUUUCCCAAUUACUAUGGAACCUCAUCUGCAAUAGCUAAGAGGGAUAUAUGUAUGUGUGUGCAUACGUGUGUAUAAGUGUAUAUGUGUGUAUGUAUAUGUGCGCAUGUGUGCUUGGUGUGUGUAUACUGGGAUGAAUUUGCUCUCUUCCAUGAUGCUUAUAUCCAUGAGAAGGAGGCCGAGGUGCCAGGAAAUUGGAGUAACAGGUACUAACUUUGAAUGUAUAAGAAAUCACAAGAAUGGAACUUCUAUUUUGAGCCUAUAUAUUUUUUCUUGCAUGCCAGAAAUAAUCAAAUAACGUUUUUCACUUG